CGACAUGACAAAGCACUUCAGCUGGACAACUGGAUCAUGGGACGACAUGGGGUGGGAGGUCGUGUGGUACUUGUACACUGCGAUUGUGCUUGCCAUGCUGUACUUUGCGUAUCCGACACUGGCCAAGAUCCCGCUCUUCUUCUCGAAGGAGUACAAGAUGGUGGACGCGGCCAGCAAUGGUCAACUCGACACUGUCCGAUCGCUUUUGGCCCAAGGCGCCAACGUGGACUGGACGAUGAGUGAAAUCAUGGGCGACCCACUGACAGCAGUGUACUGGGCCUCCAUCAAUGGCGAUGUAAAAGUGGUCGAACUACUGCUCGAGCAACACGCCAACCCGAAUAUUGCAACCAAGAGCGGAUACACCGCUCUGACUGCUGCCGCGGAGCUCGGGGAUGCUACGAUUGCAAAACUCCUUCUCGACAACCACGCAGAAGUUGAUCACGCCGACAAGGCGGGUGAGACGCCUCUCAUGCGAGCCACGAGCGGCGGUCACACGGCUGUAGUCAAGUUGCUGCUUGCGCACGAAGCCCAAGUCGACCUAGCCGACAAAUUGAAUGGCAACACGGCGCUGAUGAUUGCGGCCUGGCAUGGACAUUUGGAAAUUGUGAAACUUCUGUGCCACCACGCAAACGUGGCUCUGGUCAACAAUGAUGGCAAAACAGCGCGGGAUCUUGCCCUCGACGCUGGCCGAAGAGAGUGCGCGCAUUUCCUGUUAACACAAGCAAGGGGCCAAGACCUGAAGCACAGAACGCACACUGCUCAGAAGGAUGGCUAAAUUUGUACUUGACACGCGUUAGCAGGCAUGCUCGUUUGGGGAACCGAACGCAUAGAGCGAGUAAUGCGUCGUGAAGUCUACUCCAUCUCCAGUCA